AUGAAAUCAGUCGAAGAAGAAAAACUGGAUGAAAAGAAUCAAAAACCGGCUGAGAAGGCUGAUGAUACUAAAACUCAAAAGCCUGAGGUCUCCGAGGCUGUGGCUGAAAAGAUAUCAGAAGAGAUGGCUGAAGAAAGUAAACAGACCGAAGUCAAGGAAACUGAAGCUAAAUCUAAGGUAAAACUCCUGGAGAAGAAAUCAAUUGCAGAACAACAACUGGAUAAAAAGGGGCAAAAACAGGAUGAGAUCGCUGGCGACAAGAAAGCUCAAAAGGCUGAGUUAUCCGAGAUUGUUGCUGAAAAGAUAUCCGAAAAGACUGCUGAAGAAAGUAAAAAAGCCGAAAUCAAGGACACUGAAGCUAAAUCUAAGAAGGCAAAUCUACUGGAGAAGAAAUCAAUGGAAGAACAACAACUGGAUGAAAACAGUCAAAAACAGGAUGAGAUCGCUGACGACAAGAAAGCUCAAAAGGCUAAUGUCUCCGAGAUUGUUGCUGAAAAGAUAUCCGAAGAGACGGUUGAAGAAAGUAAAAAAACCGAAGUCAAGGACACUAAAGCUAAAUCUCAGAAGGCAGAGCUCUUGGAAAAGAAAUCAAUUGCAGAACAACAACUGGAUAAAAAGGGGCAAAAACAGGAUGAGAUCGCUGGCGACAAGAAAGCUCAAAAGGCUGAGUUAUCCGAGCUUGUUGCUGAAAAGAUAUCCGAAGAGACGGCUGAAGAAAGUAAAAAAGCCGAAAUCAAGGACACUGAAGCUAAAUCUAAGAAGGCAAAGCUACUGGAGAAGAAAUCAAUGGAAGAACAACAACUGGAUGAAAACAGUCAAAAACAGGAUGAGAUCGCUGACGACAAGAAAGCUCAAAAGGCUAAGGUCUCCGAGAUUGUUGCUGAAAAGAUAUCCGAAGAGACGGUUGAAGAAAGUAAAAAAACCGAAGUCAAGGACACUAAAGCUAAAUCUCAGAAGGCAGAGCUCUUGGAAAAGAAAUCAAUGGAAGAACAAGAACUGGAUGAAAAGAGUCAAAAACUGGAUGAGAUCGCUGGCGACAAGAAAGCUCAAAAGGCUGAGGUAUCCGAGAUUGUUGCUGAAAAGAUAUCCGAAGAGACAGCUGAAGAAAGUAAAAACACCGAAGUUAAGGACCCUGAAGCUAAAUCUAAGAAGGCAAAGCUCCUGGAGAAGAAAUCAAUGGAAGAACAACAACUGGAUGAAAAGAGUCAAAAACAGGACGAGAUCGCUGACGACAAGAAAGCUCAAAAGGCUAAGGUCUCCGAGAUUGUUGCUGAAAAGAUAUCCGAAGAGACGGUUGAAGAAAGUAAAAAAAUCGACGUCAAAGAUACUGAAGCUAAAUCUAAGAAGGCAAAGCUUCUGGAGAAGAAAUCAGUCGAAGAAGAACAGCUGGAUGAAAAAGGGCAAAAACAGGAUGAGAUCGCUGUUGACAAAAAAGCUGAAAAGGCUGAGGUCUCCGAGAUUGUUUCUGAAAAGAUAUCCGAAGAGACGGCUGAAGAAAGUAAAAAAACCGGAGUCAAGGAGACUGAAGCUAAAUCUCAGAAGGCAAAGCUUCUGGAGAAGAAAUCCGUCGAAGAACAACAGCUGGAUGAAAAAGGGCAAAAACAGGCCGAGAUCGCUGACGACAAGAAAGCUCAAAAGGCUAAGGUCUCCGAGAUUGUUGCUGAAAAGAUAUCCGAAGAGACGGUUGAAGAAAGUAAAAAAAUCGACGUCAAAGAUACUGAAGCUAAAUCUAAGAAGGUAAAGCUUCUGGAGAAGAAAUCAGUCGAAGAAGAACAGCUGGAUGAAAAAGGGCAAAAACAGGAUGAGAUCGCUGUUGACAAAAAAGCUGAAAAGGCUGAGGUCUCCGAGAUUGUUUCUGAAAAGAUAUCCGAAGAGACGGCUGAAGAAAGUAAAAAAACCAAAGUCAAGGACACUGAAGCUAAAUCUAAGAAGGCAAAGCUUCUGGAGAAGAAAUCCGUCGAAGACCAACAGCUGGAUGAAAAGAGUCAAAAACAGGACGAGAUCGCUGACGACAAGCAAGCUCAAAAGGCUGAGGUCUCCGAGGUUGUUGCUGGAAAGAUAUCCGAAGAGACGGCUGAAGAAAGUAAAAAAACCGAAGUCAAGGUCACUGAAGCUAAAUCUAAGAAGGCAAGGCUCCUGGAGAAGAAAUCAGUCGAAGAACAACAACUGGAUGAAAAAAAGCAAACACAGGAUGAGAUCGCUGACGACAAGAAAGCUGAAAAGGCUCAGGUAUCCGAAGUUGUUGCUGAAAAGAUAUCCGAAGAGACGGCUGAAGAAAGUAAAAAAACCGAAGUCAAGGACACUAAAGCUAAAUCUCAGAAGGCAAAGCUCUUGGAGAAGAAAUCAAUCAAAGAAGAAAAACUGGAUGAAAAGAAUCAAAAACAGGCUGAGAUCGCUGACGAUACUAAGACUCAAAGGGCUGAAGAAAGCAAAAAGAGUGAAGUCAAGGACUCCGACGCUAAAUCUAAGAAGGAAAAGAAGUCAAUUGAAGAACAAAAACAGGAUGAAAAGAACCAAAAACUGUAUGAGAUCGCUGACGGCAAGAAACCUCAAAAAAGUGAGGUCUCCGAGGUUGUUGCUGAAAAGAUAUCCGAAGAGAAGGUUGAAGGAAGUAAAACGGCCCAAGUCAAGGACACUGAAGCUAAAUCUAAGAAGGCAAAACUUCUGGAGAAGAAAUCAAUCGAAGAAGAAAAACUGGACGAAAAGAAUCAAAGACAGGCUGAGUUUGCAGAUGGAACUAAGUUUAUAAAGGCUGAGGUCUCAAAGGUUGUAACUGAAAGGCUAUCCGAAGAAAAGGCUGAAGACAGUAAAAAAACCGAAUUCAAGGAUACUGAAGCUAAAUCUAAGAGUGCAAAGCUUUUGGAGAAAAUAACAAUUGAAGAAGAAAAACUGGAUGAAAAGAACGAAAAGCAGGCUGAAGCCUCUGCUGAUAAAAAGGCUCAAAAGGCUGAGAUCACAGAGAUUGUUGCUGAAAAUAUAUCAGAAAAGAAGGUUGAAGCUAAGGACUCUGAGGCCAAAUCUAAAAAGCCAAAUGACCUAGAGAAGAAAUUAGUUGAAGAAGAGAAACUGGAUGUAACGAAACCAAAACAGGCUGAUAGAAGAAGAGGGCAAAAGGAAGAGAUCGGGGUUAUUGAUGAAAAGAAAUCCGAAGAAAAGGCCUUCGUCGAAGAUGUUAAGGUUGAGGCUAAGAAGAAAGAUGCAUUUGCAGAUGAGGAAAUCAGGGACUUGCAUGAAGAUUUAGCUGUUGCAAGACGAAAGCCACAUGAAAUUGAGGAAACUGCUGACUCCAUUAGCCUUCAGACGUACAAGUCAUUCAGUUCUGAGUACAAGGAUAAGAAGGAAUCCCGAAGUGCCAAGCGCAAGCCAACGAUUGACAUACAGCUAACCAAUCGGAACACGGCGUCCGGCAGCGACCUCAAGUUGACUUGUGGGCUGUCGGGUCACGACAUGAAUGUGCAGUGGUUCAAGGAGAACAGCCCCAUCGAGAAUGGGGCCAAGUAUAGGAGGACAUUGAACGACGGACUGUCGUGCCUUGAAAUUAAAUCGGCCGAACUUAGUGACUCUGGCAUUUACCGCUGCAUAGCGUCCAAUCAAAAUGGAGAAGUCGAAACUAGCUGUCUUGUGACUAUAUACGAAGCACCUUCAAGCAAAUUUGGCACCCCUCCAAUAUUUACACGCAACAUUCGAGAUGCAUAUCAUUCCCAGGGCAACCAGCUCACAUUGGAGUGCAAGGUUUCAGGAAGUCCCAAGCCUCAUAUAUAUUGGCAAAGGGACAAUACUCUCCUUCCCGUUGAAGGUGCGAAAUACCAGUAUGCAGAGCAGAGUGAUGGAGUGAAACUCCUCACCAUUACUAACUUUGGCAGCAAUGAUUCCGGCUUGUACACUUGCUAUGCAGAGAGCGAGAAUGGCCAGAUGAAGAUCAGCAAAUUUGUUCAGGCAUCCGAUUAUGUGAGGGAGCGAACUGCUGAAAAGAAACCGAUUGACAAGGUGAUGCAAGAGAUCAAGCGGGAUGAAUCCUCCCCUGCCACCACCAACGACAAUGCUGCCGCCAAGGCAAAGGCCCGUGAGGCAAAAUUGCGUCUUAAUUUGGAGACCAGUCUUAAGACUAUGACCAUUGGAAGUGGUAACAAGGCUCAGCUCAUUUGCUAUGUGACUGGCAUCAUCGACGAUGUGCACUGGCUGAGAAACGAUGAGCGUGUUACCAAAGAUGCCCGCCACAAGAUCUACAACAUAAACGGAGCCAUUAGCCUGGAGAUUUACGAUGCUCGAGUGGAGGAUAGUGGUCACUACAGAUGUGUAGUGAAGAACAGCAGGCAGACGGUGGAGAGUGCUGGCCAGCUUAGCGUCUUAGAUCAGUCGAGUGGAAAGCUGCCAGAAAGUUUCUCUAGUUUUAUAACAGUCCUACGAUGCCCAGCGAAACGAGAUUGUGCUCAGUUGUCAGGUGAUCGGACGACCCAAUGUCAGUUGGAUGCGUGAUGACCACUCCAUAUGCAACAAUCGCUACAGAACAGUAGAAGAACCCGGUGGCGUUAGGAAGCUGAUUAUCCGCAAUCCCAUAUCGUCCGACUGUGGCAUUUUUGCCUGCUAUGCCGAGCACGAGGAUCGCAUUGACUCGACCAGUACCACC